CUCACCCGCGUAACCCUGCUGAUAAAAACACAAUGACAAACUGUUAAAUUACAAUCAGAGCGGAGGAAUUUUGGUGAAAAACGAAAGCCGAACCUCCUCUUACAGUUUACCGCUCCGUUAGCGAGUUUAGCUGAAGUCCAUGAUAGCGCAGACACGUAGCUAUAAUCCACACAGCGGGACACCCUGGAAGAGACGGAGGCACCUCAGGAGGAUGGACGGCAACACGGACUCCAUGUGAAAAUCGUCCCGGCAGGAUGUGAGAUGAACCGGGAGAAAACAGCGACCGAGGCCAACGACAUCAUGUUGGUCCGGAGCUCGCACGGCCGAGGACGAGCCAGAGUGACUCAUGCGGUGGUGGUGAUCUUCCUGGAGUUCUUCGCCUGGGGGCUGCUGACCACGCCCAUGCUGACUGUCCUUCAUGAGACGUUUCCUCAGCACACCUUCCUGAUGAACGGCCUGGUUCAGGGUGUGAAGGGCUUCCUGUCGUUUCUGUCGGCUCCUCUGAUUGGUGCUCUGUCAGACAUCUGGGGCAGAAAGUCCUUCCUCCUGAUGACGGUCUUCUUCACCUGCGCCCCCAUCCCCUUCAUGAGGAUCAGUCCCUGGUGGUAUUUUGCUCUGAUCUCAGUCUCGGGGAUCUUCGCUGUGACCUUCUCGGUGAUCUUCGCCUACGUCGCCGACAUUACAGAGGAGCAUGAGAGGAGCACCGCCUACGGCCUGGUCUCUGCCACCUUCGCCGCCAGUCUGGUGACGAGCCCGGCCAUCGGCGCCUACCUGUCGGCGCGUUACAGCGACAGCCUGGUGGUCCUGGUCGCCACGGUGAUCGCGGUGGCCGACAUCGCCUUCGUGUUCUUCGUGGUCCCGGAGUCGCUGCCGGACAAGAUGCGGCUGACGUCGUGGGGCUUCCCCAUCUCCUGGGAGCAGGCCGACCCCUUCGCCUCUCUGCGUCGUGUGGGGAAAGACACCACAGUGCUGCUGAUCUGUGUCACGGUGUUCCUGUCCUACCUGCCCGAAGCCGGACAGUACUCCAGCUUCUUCCUCUACCUGAGACAGGUGAUCGAGUUUUCUCCUGCAGCCAUCGCCGCCUUCAUCGCCAUGGUGGGAAUCCUGUCUAUAGUGGCUCAGACUCUGUUCCUCAGCGUUCUCAUGAGAACCAUCGGUAAUAAGAACACGGUUCUGCUCGGUCUGGGCUUUCAGCUCUUCCAGCUGGCCUGGUACGGCUUCGGCUCCGAACCAUGGAUGAUGUGGGCAGCAGGAACAGUAGCAGCAAUGUCCUCCAUCACCUUCCCAGCAGUCUCUGCUCUGGUGUCACACAGCGCAUCACCUGACCAGCAAGGUGUGGCCCAGGGGAUGAUCACAGGUAUCAGAGGUCUGUGUAACGGUUUGGGUCCGGCUCUCUACGGCUUCAUCUUCUUCCUCUUCAACGUGGAGCUGAACGACAUUGAUCCUGUGGCAGGAAGACCUGCACAGACCACAGAGAAGUCGAUCAUCCCCGGCCCUCCCUUCCUGUUCGGAGCGUGCGCCGUCUUGUUCGCUCUCCUCGUCGCCAUCUUCAUCCCCGAGCACCACCGACUGGCCGACAUCAAGACGUGCUCCGCCCGCAAGUCCAGCAGCUCCUCCGCUGCACACGCUCAGGACAGCAGCCCUCUGGCCACGCCCACCAGCGACGCGGAGGACAUCGAGCCGCUCCUACAGGACAGCAGCAUGUGACUGACUGACAGCAGCCGGCCCCGGCCAAUCACGACGCUGAGGCCUUGAGCUCUCUCUCUCUCUCUCUCUCUGCUAGUCCCGCCCACCUCAGAAUAAACCCACAUUUUAUUUUAGUUUUUUUUUUUAUUAUUAUUUUAUUUGUUCAGAUCGACGCGUCGGGCGGUGUUAGACGGCAAUCACACCGACGAGCUGAAGGACGUUUCCUCACAUGAUGCAAAGUGACUCAAAGCUGCUGUUUGUUUAGUUUUCACAUUAAAAUUCAUAUUGGGAUAAAAAUGUAGGUUUAAAAUUCAGUUUAAAAUAUUAAAGGAGCAGUUCUGUCGUCUCAUCUAAAAUCAUCUUUUAUUUGUGUAUUUUCAUAAAUCUAAAUCUUAACUUUGGUCUCUGUUAGUGUUGAUGAAGCCCCCUGCUGGUGUAACAGAGGAAGAAAAACAAUUAAUACAUGUGUUUGUGCAACAUAUAAUAUUUAUAUCAUUAUUAUUAUUAUUAUUAUUAUUAGUUGUACCCUUGUUUCCAUUCGGAUCAUCGUCCGCCUCGUUGUUGUUCCACCUGCAGCCACUUUAAGCUCCUCGCUCAGGUGUCGCCAAAGCUUUUUGAUAAUAAUCCAGAUAAUAAUCAUCAGGACGUUUGACACCACCAACACCAAACAGAUCAUCUGUUUCCUCAAACUGACAGAAAACUUAAAGCCAAAUCUUUUAUUUUCUUUUGCUAUUAAAAUGUUUUACUCGCAUAACAAACAACAACAACAGACAUAACAGGUUAAAGAUUAUUAUAACAAACUUUAAGCUAAAUCACAAGUUCAGCUGCAUAUUUUCACUUUUGAAUCACUUUCUCUGACGGUAAAGAGACAGGAAGCAGGGAGAGAGAGAGAGAGAGAGAGGAGGUGACGAAAUGCAACGAAAGGUUAAAACCACCAGGACGUCCCGACAUGUUUCCACCGUGACCUCCGUCUGUAGGCGCCGACGUAUCCGACAGUGUUUGAACGCACCGCUGACGGUAACGGUCUGUCCGUGUGAUUGCCGCCUAAACACUCUGCUGUCAGUUUGCCUUCCCCCGUGUGUGUAUCUGCUGUAUCUGUCUCCACCCGCCAGGCCUGCAGAGGUCAGCAGAUCAAACGCUCCCUGCUGUACAGGAGCAGCAGCGAGGAGGAGGAGGAGGUGCGUUUAAUUCACUGCACAGCUGAAGCCAAGUGUCCCCCCAAAAGCAGACUUGUUUUAACUGAAACGUUUCGCGGGGGGGGGGGGGGGGGGGGAGGACAAACGGCGUCGGAGCUGCUCGGGAUUGUGGGAUACGACGCAGAAGAGGAGAAGGCCUCCGCCUGCAGGUGGGCGGCGACAGCUCAGGGCGUUUGUUUCCGUUGUCGCUGGUCGCGUAUCAUCACCGUUUCACACUCUGGAUGCAAAUAACAAGACUCAUGGAUAACUAGUUACUAUGGCAACAGCUCUGACCGCCUGUGACGUCAUCGUCCUCUCCCCGUUUUGGUGUUUCCUUGUUCUCACGUCGACGAGAAAUCAGAGCGUCUGUUCAGAAAUAUUAUAGAAAAAUGAAUUGAAACAGUUUGAAGUGCGCUUGAUUUAUCUCCAGACAGCAGACGUCUCAUCUCUUCUUCUUCUUCUGUUGUUUAAAUACUUGAAGUCGAGCCCGUUUCGGUUACUGUGUCCCCUCCCCCACCCACCUGCCACUUCACGUAGCACAAAUCAAGCGCUCCGAGUUACUGACGUAUUUGAACGUGUGUUUCCAGUCGCGGCGGCGCAGCGAGAAUCUGUUUCAGUUUGAUCAUCGAAGCAGCAGAAACGAACGAUCGAGUUUCUGACCUUCGCGGGUCGGCAGGUUUUUAAAAAAAAAACAAACGGUGCCAUGAUUUAUUGAUUUAUUGAUUUAUUGAUUUAUUGUUUUUUGUUACUUUUGUUCUUAAGCUUUUAUUUCUACGAGGUCAAAAGGUCACAAACCACGACAUUCCAAAACAAACCUCCUCACUUCAGUCACAGCCGCUAACUACAGCGUCUAAAUACAGAAACACACCCGUCGCCAUGGCUACAGCCGGCGGCCCCGCUCCCUUUUUUUUUUUUAAACUUAUCGGUUUCUGUGACGACGCCUCUCCUCUCCUCUCCUCUCACCCAGUGCAUGCUGGGAACAGCAGGCGCCCCGUGUGACCCUGACUGGGAUGUUUGAUCAUUUAAAGGACCGUCAGUAGUUUCCUGUUUCAGCCUGAGAAGUUAAAUUAUUAGAGAUUUCACAUCACUGCUGAGCGAGUUGUCAGAUUUCCUUCCUUCAGGCUGCGUUUAGUUUCACUUCAAAAACGUCCUCGACGGUGAUUUAAAGCUGCGGGCGCGACAGGAGACGCACCGCGGAACCAAAACCAGGAGCUAAAAGAGGCUAAAAAGCUAAAAACACUGAUCCAGCACAGGGUGAUUUGAUCUACGGCUGCAACGAAUGAUCAUUUUCUUGAUUAAUUGAUUAGUCGUCCGAUCUAUAAAACGGUUUUUUCCAACGACGUCGACAAAGAUCUUCAGUUUACUGUCACCGAGACGAAAGAAACCAGAAAAUAUUCACAUUUAAGAAGCUGAAAUCAGAGAAUUUGGACUUUUAGUUUGACUGAAAGCGAUGAAUCGUCGCAGCUGUAAUUUGAUCCACUGCUGAUACAGAAGUAUUGAUCUAUCAGACAUAUUAGUGGUGAGAUUAAAAAGCUCUUAAGUCAUUUAUUUAUGCAGCGAUUUUUUGGACAAAUAAAGAUAAAAUGGAUUAAAAUGCCCAACAAUUAUAUAAGAGAAGAACAUUAAUAUGAAAUAAAACGAGUUUUUUUAUAGUAAUUAAGUGAAAAUCUGUCUGAAAGGAAGGAAAUCUAAACAGCGACGAGGAACAAUCAUCAGGAAACACGUCAAACCUCCAGAUGAAUCAUAAAGAAACGUUGGGAGGCUCCAGAUGUCGUCAGAGUCACACGGUCCAUAAAAACCCAACAUCAGCUGUAAACUUUUAGCCGUCGUGUUGAUUUUUUUUUCUGUCUGUCGCUUCGACGGGAAGAUACGAGGUCUCUGAUUGGCCGAUACGGGAGGAAGAUGAUGGUUCGGAGCUUCAUGAAGCACAAUCAGGAGGGUUCCUUCAGACUGUUAGAGAAGUUUUUUCUAAAAUUCAGAUUUAAUCUUUUUACGCUUCUGUUGCAUCUUAAACUCUCCGUCAGCUCGCCAAACUUUUUUUUUUUUUUUUAUUUUGAACCAAACGUUUGUGAUUCAACUUUAAUCUCUUCUUCUUUGAUCCUUUUCACCGACCGUUUUUUUUUUUUUUUUGCUCAAUUAUGAUGUCAAACAAAGACAAAAAUGGACCUACAAGUAUAUUUUUCUACAAUCACUCUGAAGCCCUGCAGUUGUUACUGAAUGUCCCUGAAUGCACCGCCGUGAUAUUCACACAUCCGUCUCUCCGGUCGUCGUGCCGCCGCCGCCACGUUUUCACGUCUCAUAGUUCCUCCGGAUUUAUGAUCCUGCUUUGACUGUCACCGAUAGAUCUGCAGAUUAUUUUGUAGAUUAAUUAUUUAAUCUAUAAAAUGUCUUUUUUUAAAAACGUGGGGGAAAAGGCCGCAGUGACGUCUCCUCGAGAUCUUUAAUUUAUCGUCACGUCUGAGCAGCUGAAACCAGAAAGUUUGUUUCCUUCAGAUGAGAAAAUAAUUCCUGCUCAUUAAUGAUGAUUUUGGAAAGACGAUGAGGAUGAGGAGGAGGAGGAGGAGGAUGUGAACGCUGAGUCGGCAACAUGGCGGCCGGAGGAACAAACGCUCGCUGUGUCCCAGUUCAGACGCACUAACUGUUCACUGGUUCUGAAUAAAACAUGUAAAUACAUCUGCAGAAAGAAAAACUAAACAAACCAUCUGUUAAAUCAGUGAGAUGGAACAUAAAUAAAUAAACGUCAUUAUGUUUGUUUAGCGCUGCAACUAUCGAUGAAUCUGUUGAUUAUUUUCUCUAUUGAUCGAUUACUUGUUUGUUUCCCAACAUGACAAACAACCCAAAGAUCUUCAGUUUAUUGUCAUAAAGACGGAAAAAAAACAGAAAAUAUUCACAUUUAAAGAAGCUGAAAUCAGAGAAUUUAGACUUUUUUUCUUUAAAAAAAAAACGAUGAAUCUGAAUAUUUGGAGAUGAAUUUAAUACUCAUAUCCAUAUAAAAACAUCAUCAUGACAGUCGGAGCUGCAACGACUAGUCGAUCGACAGGAUAUUGAUCGGCAACUGUUUUUUGAUAAUCGAUGAAUCGCUCGACUAAUCGUUUUAUUAAAUCUUUUAUUUAUUUUUGUCUGAAAUGUUUAACAUGAUAUUCACAGUUCUGUUCCACCAAAGUUUGCUGAUAGUUUAUAAACCAAACGAUUAACGAAUAAUGAAAUGAAUUAUUUGCAGCCUUAACAUUAUUAUUAUUAUUAUUAUUAUUUUCCUGAUUAACUGUUUGGUCUUUAAAAUGUGUGACGGCAUCAUAAAUACAAAAACUCCAAUUAAUAUUAAAUUAAUUGUCACAUGAAAC